AUGACCACGCUGCAAUUCCCGGAAGGCUUCAUGUGGGGCACCGCCACGGCCUCGUACCAGAUCGAAGGCGCCGCUGACGAAGGCGGUCGCGGCCUCAGCAUCUGGGACGCCUUCUCCAAGACGCCCGGCAAGGUCCUCCAAGGCCACACUGGCGACAAGGCGGUGGACCACUACCACCUCUACAAGGAAGACGUCCAACUCAUGGCCAACAUGGGCCUGAAGCACUACCGCCUCUCCAUCUCGUGGCCGCGUAUCCUCCCGACGGGCCGCACGGACCAUAUCAACGAAGAAGGCAUUGCGUUCUACAACAACCUCAUUGACGAGCUCUUGGCGCAUGGCAUCCAGCCCAUUGCGACGCUGUACCACUGGGACCUCCCGCUGGCGCUGCAGACCGAGUUCGACGGCCUCCUUGGCGGCAAGGUGCUCAUCGAUGCGUUCACGGCGUACGCGCGCCUCUGUUUCGAGCGGUUUGGCGACCGCGUCAAGCAGUGGCUGACGCUCAACGAGCCGUGGUGCUCGACGAUGUUGGGUCACGGCUCGGGCGACAUGGCGCCCGGUCGCAAGCACAAGUGCAAGACCGAAGUGUACACGGCAGGCCACAACCUCCUCUUGUGCCACGCGCACGCCGUCAACGUCUACCGCACCGAGUUCCAGGAGACGCAAGGCGGCCAGAUUGCGAUCACGCUCAACUGCGACUGGCGCGAGCCCAAGCCGUCGGACGACCCUGUCGAGCAGGCGCAGAACGCCGACGCCGCCGAACGCCACCUCCUCUUUGACCUUGGCUGGUUUGCGGACCCCGUCUACUUUGGCGACUACCCCGAGGUCAUGAAGACGCGCCUUGGCGACCGCCUCCCGCGCUUCACGCCCGAAGAGUCGGCGCUCCUCAAGGGCUCGAGUGAUUUCUUUGGCUUGAACCACUACGGCACGGCGUACGUCGAGCCCUCGGACGCCUACCUCGCCAACGAGCCGUGUGGCCACGAAGGCGUCAUCUGGGAGGAUGUGGGCACCAAGCAGACCUCGGACGACGCGUGGCUGCGCACGGACAUGGGCUGGAACGCCGUGCCGUGGGGCUUCCGCAAGCUGCUCAUGUGGAUCCAGGCCCGGUACGCGCCGGUGGGUGGCAUCAUCGUCACUGAGAACGGCUGCGCGGUCGCCGACGACGACCAGGCGGUCGCGGCCAAGGACUACUUCCGCGUCAACUUUUACCGCGGGUACCUCGCCGAGAUGCACAAGGCCAUCACCGAAUUCAACGUCGACGUCCGCGGCUACUAUGCGUGGUCGUUCAUCGACAACUACGAGUGGGCCUUUGGCUACACGAAGCGGUUCGGUCUCCACUGGGUCAACUACGAGACGAUGGAGCGCAUGCCAAAGGCAUCGGCGAUCUGGUUCGGCCACCUCUUGGCGCAUGGCAUCACUCCGAUCGUGACGUUGUACCACUGGGACCUCCCGCUGGCGCUGCAAACCGAGUUGGAUGGCUAUCUUGGUGGGAAGCCGGUGAUUGAUGCGUUCACAGCGUACGCGCGUCUCUGCUUUGAGCGGUUUGGCGACCGCGUCAAGCAGUGGAUCACGAUCAACGAACCGUGGGUCAUCUCUCUCUUGGGCUUUGGCAUUGGUGUGCUAGCACCUGGUCGCAAGCACAACGGCAAGACUGAGCCGUACAUUGCUGGGCACAACCUGCUUCUCUGGCACGCACACGCCGUCAACGUCUACCGCACCGAGUUCCAAGAGACGCAAAAUGGUCAGAUUGGUAUGACCUUCAACUGCGACUGGCGCGCACCCAAGCCGACGGAGAAUCCCGUCGAGCAGGCACAGAACGCCGACGCUGCCGAGCGCGCCGUGCUCUUUGACCUUGGCUGGUUUGCGGACCCGAUCUACUUUGGCGACUACCCCGAGGUCAUGAAGACGCGCCUUGGCGACCGCCUGCCGCGCUUCACGCCCGAAGAGUCGGCGCUCCUCAAGGGCAGCAAUGACUUUUUUGGUUUGAACCACUACAGCACAGCGUACGUCGAGCCCUCGGACGCGUUCCUUGCCAACGAGGUCUGCGGCUCCGACGGCAUCAUUUUUGAUGACGCCGGCGUCAAGAUGUCGGCGGACGAUGCGUGGCCGCGCACCGAUGUGGGCUGGAACGUGGUUCCCUGGGGCUUUCGCAAGCUCUUGGUAUGGAUCCAAGCCCGGUAUGCGCCGGCUGGCGGCAUCAUCGUCACCGAGAACGG